AUGUCGCAUAAUAAGCGGUUCUUUUUUAUUGCGAUUAUCUAUCUGCUCGCUCCCAUCAUUCAUCGCCAUGUCAUCGCAGCACUGACGGGUCAAUGUAAUGAGUGCUUCACGAAUGGCAUCGCUUGUUUGGAUGAGCAAAAUUUUACAGUUUGCUUCAACACAUCUACCACUGUACGUACAUCUUGUCCCAUGGGAACGGUUUGCACAGCCGAAGAAAGUAUUUGUCUGGCCACCGCUCAAGGUGCUCUUCCUGUUUGCUAUGAGGAUCGUUGCGGAACAUGUUCAUCCGUUAAUAGUAAUUUCGCCUGUCUUGACGAGGACAUUUAUGCUUUCUGUUAUGAUGGCAAAACACCUGCAGAAAGUUCAAUUAAUUAUUGUCCGCUUGGUUAUGUGUGCAAUUUGAACAAUUCCCAAAUUUGCUCAUCCGCGCAAACUUCAAUGCCAUCGUGUAUACCACGAAGCAUCGAUACUACGACGGCUGCAACAUCAACUGGCUCAACAACAGACUCAACAAGUGAUACAACAACUGACACAACAACCGAUAUAACAACAGACACAACAACCGAUACAACAACCGAUACAACAACCGAUACGACAACCGACACAACAACCGAUACAACGACAGAUACAACAACGGAUACUACCACCGAUACAACAACUGACACAACAACGGAUACAACAACUGAAACAACAACUGACACAAAAACUGAUACAACAACCGAUACAACAACCGAUACAACAACAGACACAACAACCGAUACAACAACAGACACAACGACAGAUACAACAACGGAUACUACAACCGAUACAACAACUGACACAACAACUGGCACAACAACGGGCACAACAACUGAAACAACAACUGACACAAAAACUGAUACAACAACCGAUACAACAACAGACACAACAACCGAUACAACAACAGACACAACGACAGAUACAACAACGGUCACAACAACCGAUUCCACAACUGAUACUACAACCGCUAGAACUACUGACACAACGACAUCCACAACAACCGACGCAACAACCGUAACAACAAUAUCCACAACAGCCGCAACUACAACCACCACAACCACCAUCCCAACAACAAGCACAGCAUCUUUCUGUGCUAAUAUGGGCAAAACAGGCAACUUCAGACUUGAUGGUGAUACAACGUGUUCUGUCUACAUUUAUUGUUAUAAGCUAUCCGGUCAAUAUCUAGGCUGGAUAUAUAGCUGUUCCUACUAUUUUAACGCAGCAACUGGAAAAUGCCAAAAAGAACGCCCCGCAGAUUGUUAA